UACCAGCACAGCCCCAACCAGCCGGAUCACUAAUCGUGCAGACUUGGAACAAACUCUUACAAGGCAUACGAUGGAGUCAAGAGGGGCAACAUGUGGAGAGAUAUAAUAUUUCAUAUGUUAAUGCUUGUACUCAGGAAAGGCAUCUCACAAAACCAUUCCAAUCUGUUUCUCACAAGCUUUUGCUAGUAGGACGAUUAUGUUUGGAGGGUAACGCUUCCUCUUGUGAAAUCGGAUUGGUGGGCUUAUGUAAAAACCGAUUUCUGAUCCAGAGGUGAAAGCAAUGGAUUAGAUUAAAUGCAAAGGACUUGUUUACUUGAUCAUCCAAGGUGGUUAAUGUGUAAUCCCAGUGAAGGUGGUACUUUUGUGUCUUUGGCCACAUACAUUUCCUGGAUUCACAAGAAGGUUCCUCAUUGAGCUUGGAGUCAUUCUUCAGGGUUUCUCAGAGGGGACAGACAUGGCUAAAGGAGUGUACAUCUCUAAAGCACUGGCUAUCGCCACUAUAGUGCUAACAGUUUCUGCUGUUUGUGGGAUUGUAUUGAUGGUCAUUCUGUACCAGAUGCAGAUAGAAAAGAAGUCACCCGUACGUCCACCAAGUCCUGUUCCUACUACACCUCUUCCAACAGGACCUCCACCAACGCUGAGACUUCCAAAAAAUUUGAUUCCAGAGAGCUACAAAAUCUACAUUCAACCGUUCCUUUAUACAAAGCUGAAUAAUGUUACAGAGCAAUCUUAUUUUUUCAAAGGAAACUCAACAGUGAGGUUGAAGUGUGUGAAAGACACCAGGAGUAUUUUUCUUCAUGCUGCUUUCCUGUCUGUAACCCAUGUUGUAGUGACCCAUUCUGACACACAAAAGGAAAUAGACUACGAGAGAUACCAAGUGCAAAAUGAAACAAAUUUUUUUGAGAUCCUGUUAAAGGAUGCGCUUAUAGGAAAUGGGAGCUAUUAUAAUCUUUUUACUGUAUUUGAAGGGGAACUCCAUGAUGAUUUGGCUGGUCUUUACAGUAGCCAAUACACUGAGAAGGUGGAUGAAGAAAGAUUCCUCAUCGCAAGCCAGAUGCAACCCACGGACGCCAGGAGAGUAUUUCCAUGUUUUGAUGAGCCAGAUAUGAAAGCAGUGUUCAAUAUCACCGUCAUCCAUAGAGAUGGCACCACAGCCCUAUCAAAUACCAAAGGCUAUUCUCGAUAUGUGGAAAUGGGAACCGAUGAAGACUCAUGGAUUGCUACUACAUUUGACCCGACACCAGUCAUGUCAACAUAUCUCUUGGCUUUCACAGUAACAGUACAAGAUUUUGGAAGAAAAUCAGAUAAACAUGACACAAAGGAAAUAAAGAUAUGGGCACGACCCGAGGCUGUGGCAGCAGGACAUGCAAACUACGCAAUGGAAAUCACUUUGAAGAUUUUGGAAUAUUAUGAGAACCUUUUCAAGAUGAAAUAUCAAUUAAACAAACUAGAUCAGAUUGCCGUGCCAGAUUUCAGUGGUAGUGGUAUGGAAAACUGGGGUCUAGUAAUGUACCGGGAGUCCGCUCUGCUGUAUGAAGAGGGAGUGUCAUCUGCCUCCAAUAAGGAAUUUGUUGCCACUGUUGUAGCUCAUGAGCUAGCUCAUCAGUGGUUUGGAAACCUGGUCACAAUGAAAUGGUGGAAUAACCUUUGGCUCAAUGAGGGACUUGCAACAUUCCUAUCAUACUUUGGAGUAAAUUACGCUGAGCCAAUGUGGAAUAUAAAAGAUCUAAUUAUUCUGAAGGAAAUCCGUGUUGCCAUGGAGGUAGACUGCCUGAACUCUUCACACCCCCUCAGUUUACCAGAGUCUGAAGUCGAGGAUCCUGAUGACAUCGCAGAGCUCUUUGACGGCAUUACCUACAGCAAGGGUGCAGCUGUGCUAAGAAUGCUGUAUGCUUACAUUGAAGAGAAAGCCUUUAUGGAAGGCCUUAGGAAAUAUCUCACCAAGUUUCAAUACAAGAACGUUGAAUAUGAAGACCUGUGGAAAUGCUUUCAAGAGGACACCAAUACCCAUAAGGAUGUAGUGGGUAUAAUGAAGACAUGGACCGAGCAACCAGGCUAUCCAGUGAUCACAAUUAACACCAGUACUGGGAUGAUUGCUCAGGAGCAGUUCCUUAUAAACCGAGGAGAAGACCAAGGGCUUGAAUGGAAGGUUCCAAUCAAAUUUAUAAAAAGAGAUUCUGAGAUUCAGGAGGAUUUAUUGAAAGAAAAAGGACCAAUCAGAGUACCCGCUUACGAAAUUAAAGAUGAUGCAUGGCUACUGGCCAAUGUGAACUGCACCGGUUAUUACAGAGUGAACUAUGAUGAACAGAACUGGAAUAAACUGAUUCAUCAACUGGAGAGUAAUCAUCCUGCUAUCCCUCUCAUCAGCCGGGGCCAACUAAUCGAUGAUGCAUUUAAUCUUGCUAGGGCCAAAUACAUCAAUGUUACUCUGGCACUGACUACCACCAAAUAUUUGAUCAAUGAGACUGACUAUGUCCCAUGGGAGUCAGCUCUUAAGAACCUGCGCUACUUCAUGCUCAUGUUCGAUCGUUCAGAGGUCUAUGGCCCCAUGCAGAAAUACUUACAUAAGCAAAUUGCUCCACUGUACGAGUACUUUAAAAAGUACACCGACAACAUGACUGUUCCGUUGGAUCUUGCUGAUCAGUACAACCAGAUAAAUGCCAUCUCAGUGGCAUGCAGCAACGGUGUUCUUGAGUGCACAGCAAUGGCCAGAAGUCUUUUCAAUGAGUGGAAAAAUGGCACCGAUCGCAUCCCACCUAACUUAAAGUCCACCAUCUACUGCAAUGCCAUUGCAGCCGGAGAUGAGCAUGACUGGGAUUUUGCAUGGGAAAAAUAUGAUACUGCCACAAUUGCCACAAUGAAAGACGAUCUUAGAUACGGACUCUCCUGCACCAAAAAAAUCUGGCUCUUAAACAGAUACCUUGGGUACACACUGGACCAUAAUAAGAUAAGGAAGAUGGAUGCAGCCUCUACCAUAACCUACAUUGCCAAGAAUGUAGCAGGACAGGCACUGGCUUGGGAUUUCAUCAGGGCCCACUGGACCUACAUAAGCCAAGAGUAUGGGAUCAUGUUUGAUGACAGUUUAAUUGAUGAAGUCACACAGAGGUUCUCCACAGACUUUGAGCUCCAACAGCUGAGGGAUUUCCAACAAGUGUGCAGUGAAGAUGGGUCAUGUGUAGCCAAGCGAGCUUUGGAGCAGGUCAUCGAGAGGACCGAGGCCAACAUUAAGUGGGUGAAGGAGAAUAAACAGACCGUGCUGAACUGGUUUGUAGAACAGUCCAAGGUGCUGUGAGUGCAAGCGGAUCUGCAAAGCCCUUGUAAGUGCACAGUAGAACCAGUGCAAUGAAAACCAGAUGUUGAAUCAUGGAACGGUGAUGAAGACAAAGUGCUCUUUUGCAAUAUUUGGUGUGCAUUUUAUCUCAACAGAAAGACUCCGUUUUAUAUGAAACUAUUGUUGAAUGUGAGGGAACAUGCAUGUCUAACAUGACUGCACAGUAAUGGAAGACCCAGCUCCUUAUAUUAUUAUUAAAUUA